CCAGGGCUGAGAAGCUGUUUCCUGCCCGCUCUUUCUCUCCCCCGAAACUCGGGUGGACCGAGGCGAGAUGUCCGCGGAGGACCCCCAGGGGUGCGUGGAGCAGGAGGAGCCCAAGGCCAAGGCCACCCCGGAGAAAACCAGCGACUACUACCGCGUGAGCGAGGACCUGCCGGCCAGGUUCAACAACCCGGCAUGGUUUCGGGGCUACAGGACCAAGGAGCCCCCCUCAGUAUACAGGACCAGUAACCAAGCUUAUGGGAGCAGAGCACCCACCGUGCACGAGAUGCCGAAGGUAUUUUAUCCAAGUUCGUAUAAAUUUUCUAGACAAGUUGCAGUUGGUGGAAUGUUCCAGAACAAUACUUUCAACGUCUACAUGGAAAAGAGCAUUGUGACGGGUCCGGACAACUACAUCACCUUCUACGACCGGCUCAACUUCCACCCCAGCUACAGGGUCAGCAAGCCGUCCAUCUGUGACUGAGGGGCCUCCCGGCUCUGGCGGAGAGAG